CACGUUUCGCGGACGCCGGUUGACUGUUCCCGUACUUGUCGUCGUCGUACCUCACACCACAAACACACGCGCUCCAGAUAACACUACUCACGCUGUUGUCGCGCGCUUUACUUUAUCGGUCGGCCGUCCCGACGGUUUUCACGCGAUUUAUUUUAUAAAAUUUUAAUUAUUAUCGUUCUCGUCUGCCCCGCGGAAUAAAAAUUUACAAACUUUUUUCGUAAUUUUUAUUCUCCCGCCGAUAUUUUUUGCGUACCUUUGUGCCGUUUCUUUAUAAACAAUUAUACAUACUUUUUACGUGUAUUUUUUUUUUUUGUAUUUUGAAUUAUUUUUAUUUUCACGUGUUUUUUCUGUUGACUCGUUUCGCUUUUACGGAACUUAAUUUUCGCUAAUAUUCUGGCUCUCGAAGACAUGGUUGAAGAAUCAACAAACACUUGAAAAAUUCCGAAUCCUCAGCAAGUAUACAUCAGACUGUACAAUACACAUAGUCGUUGACGUGCCCCAGGAGCUUUAGUAGCGGAAGAAGUAGCGGCCUGUUUAACGCCGCCCACUUGCGAACAAAUCGACUAUCGUAUUUAUAAUAUAAAACGCACCGAAAGCAUCAUGGAGGUGGGUCUGAAGAAAGACUCGCCAGUCACAUACAGCAACGGAAAGCGUCUGUUCACCAUCGACCAGAAGGUGGAUGCGCUGGUCCGCAUCAAGAUGACCGGAUGUUCAAAAGCCGAGGUGGCCAGGAGCCUACACGUAGCCGAGUCCACGUUCCGCGGCUGGUUUAAGAACAAGGACAUUGUCAUGAAAGCAGAGGCCAAAUACAACGAGAUGAAGUCAAAGUCUUCGUCCACGUCAUCGGACGGUUACAAGUCGGACGACAAUUCCAAAUCGUUUUCUGUCGACGGCUCUGACAACAAUUCAUCGACGUACACUGAUGAGCGGGAGGGAAGCUCGUCCCGGUUCAGCAGCCCAGAUCCAUGCGUGUCCACUUCAGUUCGCUGCAGUCCCGAGAGACUUCAUCACAAGCUCAAGCUUAAGAAACAACAGCUCAACAAUACUUUGUGCUUGAACAACAACAACAAUGUUGUCGGUGGCUUGCUCGGUGGUGGUUUGAUGGGAAGCGGUCUCAACGGUGGUCUCAAUGCUGGUCUCAACGGUGGUCUCAAUGCUGGUCUCAACGCUGGACUUAAUGCCAGCCUCAAUGCCAGCCUCAACGCAAGUCUCAGCGCCGGUUUCAACGCUAGUCUCAGCGCAAGUUUUAACGCGAGUCUCAGUGCUGGUCUCAACGCAAGUCUCAGUGCCGGUCUCGGCGCAGCUGGACUUGGCGGUGGCCAUGGCGUUGUCGGACUUAACGGUGGCCUGAAUGGUCUUAAUGGCGGUCUUAAUGGUGGUCUUAAUGGUGGUCUUAAUGGUGGUCUUAAUGGUGGUCUUAAUGGUGGUCUUAAUGGUGGUCUUAAUGGUGGCCUCAGCCUUAAUCAGCAACAGCAACAAUUGCAACAUCAUUUGACGCAGCUAGCCCAUCACCCGCUCCAUCACAACAUGUCGCUUGGCAGCCUCAAGAGUAGCAACGUCGCCGCCGCAGCAGUUGCCGCCGCAGCCGCCGCCGCAGCUGCCGCCGAUCACGCGAGUCUCAGGCUGAGCCCCGCUGAAAUCCAAACCAAAAUUAACAACUACUUUAGCCCGUCCCCAAUACAGACGGCUCCGCUACCAGGUUCAGUCAACUUUCUCACUCCGAAUUUCACUGCGGAAAAUUCCUACAACAAGUCGAGCAGUUUCAUCAACACCAUGGUGACGGCCACGCUGAUGGAGCCGCAGGCAUUGGACUUGUCCACACACUCAAGGAAUAAGUGUAAGGAUUGCAAACCGUCAUUUACCGCAACCAUGGUCACAAACACCUCUACCACUACACAACCGAGCUCGAAAAUACUGAGGCACAACUCUUACAGGAACCUGUACAAGCCAUAUAAUAGCAGGUGCACCGACGACAUCGUACAUAUUACACAAGGUAUUAACCCCAAGAACCCAUUGUGGCAAUUGUAAACCAAAAAGGAAAAACCUAAAACUACAUGUCGUCAACAUCUUAUC